AUGUAUGCCGAAGUGUACGUUGGGAAUUUGGGUUUUACUGAUUUGGAUCUUCCGAAUGAAAUGCGUCUGUAUCCUUCUUAUAGGAGUUCCCACUGGGUUUCUGAAACUAAAAGCCGACGGACAUUCUACGCUAUUGUAAGGUUUCGAGACCUGAGGGAUGCAGUUAAUGCAGUUCAUGAUUUGAACGGUAGAAAUGGUUGGCAUGUAAAACAUCAUAAUCCCGACAGUAGAUGUUACAGGUGUGGUAAAUCUGGUCAUUUAGCUCGAGACUGUCCAGAGGUCAGAGGAAGAUGGAGGAUUCGUUGCCGCCUUGAGCAUAUCGGAAUUACUCCAGGCUAUAGGCAUGAGCCCCGCAGAACCCCUGAGGGAUCUCCAGUACAACAGGGCAGAACACGUAAACGCAGGAGCAGCUACGAGAUCAAAAGGUCACCUUCUUUGCAUAAACGGAGAAGAUCUAUUUGA